AUUACCACUUUAUGUUUCAGAAUGUGCCCAUUUACUUUUGGCUCACAAUGCUCCAGUAAAAGUGAAAAAUGCUCAGGGAUGGAGCCCGCUGGCGGAAGCCAUCAGCUAUGGAGAUAGACAGAUGAUUACUGCUCUUUUAAGGAAGCUUAAACAGCAAUCCAGGGAAAGUGUUGAAGAAAAACGACCUCGAUUAUUAAAAGCCCUGAAAGAGCUAGGUGACUUUUAUCUAGAACUUCACUGGGAUUUUCAAAGCUGGGUGCCUUUACUUUCCCGAAUUCUGCCUUCCGAUGCAUGUAAAAUAUACAAACAAGGUAUCAAUAUCAGGCUUGACACUACUCUCAUUGACUUUACUGACAUGAAGUGCCAACGAGGGGAUUUAAGCUUCAUUUUCAAUGGGGAUGCAGCACCCUCUGAAUCUUUUGUAGUAUUAGACAAUGAACAAAAAGUUUAUCAGCGAAUACACCAUGAGGAAUCAGAGAUGGAAACAGAAGAGGAGGUUGACAUUUUAAUGAGUAGUGAUAUUUACUCUGCAACUCUAUCAACCAAAUCAAUUUCUUUCACACGUGCCCAAACAGGAUGGCUUUUUCGGGAAGAUAAAACAGAAAGAGUAGGAAACUUUUUGGCAGACUUUUAUUUGGUGAAUGGACUUGUUUUAGAAUCAAGAAAAAGAAGAGAACAUCUCAGUGAAGAAGAUAUUCUUCGAAAUAAGGCCAUUAUGGAGAGUCUUAGUAAAGGUGGAAACAUAAUGGAACAAAAUUUUGAGCCGGUUCGAAGACAGUCCCUUACCCCUCCUCCUCAGAACACUAUUACAUGGGAAGAAUAUAUAUCUGCUGAAAAUGGAAAAGCUCCUCAUCUCGGUAGAGAACUGGUGUGCAAAGAGAAUAAGAAAACAUUUAAAGCCACAAUAGCCAUGAGCCAGGAAUUUCCCUUGGGAAUUCAGUCAAUAUUGAAUGUUUUGGAAGUAAUAGCUCCCUUCAAGCACUUUAACAAGCUUAGAGAAUUUGUUCAAAUGAAGCUUCCUCCAGGCUUUCCUGUAAAACUAGAUAUACCUGUAUUUCCUACGAUCACAGCCACUGUGACUUUUCAGGAAUUCAGAUAUGAUGAGUUUGACGGCUCCAUCUUUACUAUACCUGACGACUACAAGGAAGACCCGAGCCGUUUUCCUGAUCUCUAAUGACGCGAGCAUGACGCCAUCUCACCAAGGAAAGCAAGAGCGUGCAGAGACCCCACAGGGAGGCGCAGUAGGAGGGACAGAUGCUUUCAGUGAAGAAAAGGGAAUUUCAUAGAACUGACACAUCAGUGAUAUGACAUAAUGAAAUGGGCCUCUAAUAAGUUUCCUGAUGUGCCAUUUUCAGUCUUUUUAAAUAUAUACAUAUUAUAGUGUAAUAGUUUGACACCUUAAUGACCCUAAGUACUUCUUAUGUAAAACAGCUAUGAGUGCUGUGAUUUGUUUUUAAAAAUUUUUACACUUCUUGUUGAAAUAUAUAUGCAUAUAUAUCUAUAUCUAUAUCUAUAGUUAUAUCUAAAACACUCCUGGACCAGUAACAUAAAUUAAAUGUCUUAAGAGAUAUGAAGCCCUUUACAGUUGUCAUCUUAUAUUCACACACUGACCACCAGGAGACAAACGCUCAACGCAGGAGCUGCUCCUGGUGGUCAGUGCGCUCCCACAGCCAACCUCCUACGGCCGGCCAAGGUGACAUUUAUAAAUAUUCCUUCCAACUUUGUUUCCAUAAAAUGUAAACUAUGUAACUUUAUGUAUAGUUCAGUAAUUUGAAUGUUUGUUCAAUAUGAUGAACUAGAAAGGAAUGCAGUUUUCUGUAGAUGAAUGAACCAAAUGGUAACCAUUAAACAAUUGCAUUUAUAUGUUGCAAUACAUUUCAGAAGGAGCAUUCACUCUGCAGGGAAUAAGGUACCUCCUUUAGCACCUUAGUGCAAUUCAUUGUGGUGCUAUUUGUUUUUACCUGAAUUCUUUCUUCAAUGGUAAAUGUUUGUUACUAAUCUUCCUUUCAUAGAACCUCUAUUUUUUUUUUUCUAAACUUGAGUUUUAAAGCCUUUUUUGUGUUCAUAAUAGGAUAUGACUAGCAUGUUUAAGGAUAGUCCUCUUCCAAAUCUCAGCACUUUAAAAAUAUUCCAAAAUUUUAAACUUGCUUCCUAAUAACUGCACAUCAUUCUGAUUAUUUUGUUUGUUUUUAGUGUUCAUGUCAGUUUUAAACAACUCACAUUUUGGACUCCCUACAUAUUUAAUGCUUUCAAAGUAAGGUAAAAACAUUUUAUAUGCUAACAGAAUAUAUUUGUUAUAAGUUAAAUUCCAAAAAUGUACACAAGAUUGAUAAUUCCUACUGUUUAUUUUUUUAAGUCACAAGAAAAUAUUUAUUGGUUUUAAUUAUCUUCAAAGUGUUAAAAAAAUCAUGCAUUACUCAUUUUCGCACUUAAAAUUUUUCAUGUUUAUUCCAAGAUGGUUUGAUGGUCCAAGAAUGAAAAUAAAUUAGGGAGAAUAAGGUAUAACAGACAUAAUAUGUUAUGUUGUAUUUAAGAAAUUAGCUAAAGAAAUGCUUUUUAAAUGUAUCCUGAUGAAUGUGUGAGAAUGCAUUGUCAGGUUUUUUAGAGUGACCCGUAAUUUAAACAUUUUCAAGAAUUUUAAUUAAUUUGAAUGAGUUUAGAAACCUUUAUUGAAAAGAUGAUUAUUUACAAAUCCAAAGCAUCAAUCAUAAGAAAAUUUUUAUAAUAAACAUCUUUAAAGCUGCAUCUUUCAUGCUGAUAACAUAAUUGCAUAUGUUGACAUUUUAUUAAAUACAUUUUAUAAUAAAGAAAAAUAAUCAUAGUUAAAAAUUCAAAGGCCAAUUACUACCUGGUGUGGGUCUGUUGAAUUUUGUGAGAAGAGUUGGAAACCCAGACUAGGUUUAUUAAAUACAAGUUGAUCCCAAUUAUUUUGGGAAUCCUUAUAGAUCAAGUGACUUAGAAAUUGAAUUAUCUUGUCAGUAAUUAUGUGAGGUUUGAGACACUGAAUGGUAGUUAUCACUGUUGCUUUUAGGCUCCCUUACUCUUUGGGAAUAUGUUAUAUUUUCAGGAUUAUACUAUAGAUUUUUCACAAGUACAGACAAUUUAGUGGGGGAAAAAAACAUGGAAAAUUGCAACUUGGAACUUAACAAUUUCCUAAAAGCUGUGAAUAUUUUGCUGGGGUACACUGGAGGUAGGAAGACUACUGAAAACUUUUGCACUUGGAUUUUGUUUUUAACUCUUAACUUUUUCUUUCAUAAAGGAUAGUAGAAAGAGAUGAUCCAUUCCAAAUGUCUUUUAUUUGAUUAUAAAGGACAAGCAAAUGUCAGUAUCUCUUAUAAUGGUGAAAACAAGGAGUUAUUAAUGCAAAUAAACUUUUCACAUUAAACUUUUCAAAAUGUG